AAUCCCUAUGCUAUUCCCCUUUGAACUCUAAUGCGUCAGAUCGGGAAGCAGAUGGAGCGUUUACUUUUCAGUUAUCUGCUAUUUCCUGGCAUGGUUUCUGGUCUGUACCCCACUGAGCAGUUAUAGGAGACUGAGGCUUAGAGAAGUGGUUCCUAGUUUUAGCACCCAAGAGCUACAGAGUCCUAUGUGACAAACAUGGGUGCAGGCGUAAAGUGCAUUAUUACUGGAGCCAACAUUAAGGCACUUGGUCGUGCCAUUCACUCCCUCUCCCGAAUCGGGGAAGAGUUAUACUUUGAACCUUUAGAUGAUGGGCUCUGUCUGCGCUCUGUGAACUCCUCACGAUCAGCCUACGCCUCUUUCACCUUUGCGCCACUAUUCUUCCAUAGCUAUGAGGCAAGUGGAGGAGCCGUUCACUGCAAGAUCCACAUGAAGUCCGUGGUGAGUGUCUUCCGUUCCCUUCCGUCUCUGGAGAAGACUGUAGAAAAAUGCCUUAUUAGCCUGAAUACAGCUCGAAGUCGCUUAGUCAUCCAGUUACUUUGCAAAUAUGGUGUUACAAAAACCCAUAACUUGUCAUACCAAGACUGUGAGUCUCUACAAGCUGUGUACAAUCCAAACAGCUGUCCUAAUGUGCUCAGAGCCCCAGCCAGGCUGCUGUCAGAUGCUGUGGUGCACUUCCCACUAACUCUUGCCGAAGUGACGCUAAUGGCAAGCCCCUGUGGGAAGGUGACUCUUAGGAAUUAUGUGGAGGAAGUGAUAGACCCCAGUAAGGCAAUGCUGACAGAACUGUCCCUGAGCAGGGAGGAAUUCCUGGACUUUCAGCUACAGAAACCGAGUGAGAUCACUUUUUGUCUGCGUGAGUUCAGGGGUCUUUUGGGUUUUGCCGAGUCCACCAGCCUCCCCAUCUCUAUACACUUUGACCAUGCGGGCUGCCCAGCAGUUUUUAGUGUAGACGACACAGUGCUUGAAGUGCACUUUGUUCUCGCCACCCUAUCGGAUACAGAUAACACGUCGCAGUCCCUAAGCCAAAGACCUUGCUUACCUAAUGAUGAUGAUGACUUUCUGGGUGAUGACCUUGAUUACAUGAUCGCCAUGGAAACUACUCUUGCAGGACCUUCCUCUCCUCCACGCAGCCCAACCUUCUGCAGCCGCCCACUCCCAAGUCCUGUACAGGAAGAACCAGCUGUGUAUUCAGGAAGUGAGGAUGAGCCAGAAUUGGAGGUUCCUGGUACUCCCCCUAACAAGAAGUUUCGAUCUCUCUUCUUCGGAUCUGUCCUUCAAAAUUCAGGCCGGACAGCGGAAGAAGUUCUGGCUGAAGACAGUGAUGGAUAGUGGCGAAAAGGAAAUUUCAGUUUUCAUCCAUAAUAUGUACUGACUCCACAUAGUAAACUGUUACUUGCGUGACGCCAUGACUGUACGCUGAUCACUGAGAAGCAUGUACUUCAUAAACUUUCUCCCUUACAACUCCUGCAAGAGUGUUCACGCACUUAGAAGACAACUUUAACCUUUGCAGAAACACAGAUUAAAGCAGCCAUAUGUUCUAUUUAUUAUUAACAUAUGAUUCAUUACAUGGCUUCAAACUAUAAAUUCUUCUAUCAACUGCCUGACAUAACCAUGAAUCAGUGGGGCAAUUAUGGCAGCAGUUCCUCAUUGUAUAAGGAAUUAGUUGGACUGGUUGAGCCAUCUCCCGGUGUGUAAUAUGCUUUGAGGAAACGGUCCGUGUGUAGGUAGUUUUAGCAUUGAAUCGUGAAUCUGCCAGGAAAGUAAGUACUGAGAACACUUCACACUUAUGAAAACUGUGCUUGAUUUUAAAUAUAUUAUCCAUUUUGUAUAGAAA